UAAGCACUCCAGCAAUGGCACCUCACGCGCGCGGCCUCCGUUUCCUCAUCGCCGUUGCCGUGUUCUCGGCCGCCACGGCCGUGGCGGGGGCGCGGCACGGCGCCGCCGGGCAGUGCCGCCCGGUGGGGGCGAUCGUCACCGAGGAGCUCUACUCGUCCCUGUUCCUGCACAAGGACGACGCCGUCUGCCCCGCCAAGGGGUUCUACACCUACGCGUCCUUCAUCCGCGCCACCAGGAAGUUCCCCAAGUUCGGCGCCACCGGCGACCUCGUGACGCGCAGGCGCGAGGUCGCCGCCUUCCUCGCGCAGAUCUCCCACGAGACGACGGGCGGGUGGGCGACCGCGCCGGACGGCCCAUACUCGUGGGGCCUGUGCUACAAGGAGGAGAUCAGCCCGCAGAGCAGCUACUGCGACGCCACGGACAAGCAGUGGCCGUGCUACCCCGGCAAGUCCUACCAUGGCCGAGGCCCCAUCCAAAUCUCAUGGAAUUUCAACUACGGUCCGGCGGGGCAGGCCCUGGGGUUCGACGGGCUGCGGAACCCGGAGCUGGUGGCCAACUGCUCGGACACGGCGUUCCAGACGGCGUUGUGGUUCUGGAUGACGCCCAGGGAGACCAAGCCGUCGUGCCACCAGGUGAUGGUCGGCGAGUACCGCCCCAGCAGGGCCGACGCCGCCGCGAACCGCACGGCCGGGUUCGGGCUGGUCACCAACAUCGUCAACGGUGGCCUCGAGUGCAACGUCGCCGACGACGCGCGGGUCAACAACCGGAUCGGCUUCUACCGGCGGUACUGCCAGGUCCUCGGCGUCGACGUCGGGCCCAACCUCGACUGCGCGCACCAGCUCCCGUACUAGCCCGAGGGAGUACCCUCACGUUUCUCGAUCGGGAGAAAACCAUAGCCUCACGUGCUACGUAGUUGCUUAAAUUUGUAGUUUAGUUAAGCCUACAAAGAAAAACACUUGUAUUUUGUUAGUAAUAAAUCUAAUAAAUUAAGGUUCCUUUAA